AUACAACAACGCGACAGGGCUGAGGAAAGUCGACACUGCACUAACCUAGGCAUUGAACUUGUUUGCGCCACCAUCGUGAAACCUUACUUUUACUAAUAGCAGUACAUACAUCUUCUACACCUACACACUACUCAACCUACCUCAGUUCACCUUCAUCGAGAAAGAGCUUCAUGUCUGCAUGUUUGCAUUGCUCAAGCCCAUAAAGCUAGGCAUUUAAUUACCUAGUACUCGGCUGACCGCCAGGGCCAUCAAUCUAAUAGCUAUGCCGACCGCAAAAAGACUGAAGAGUGACGCCAAGGCCAAGUCGCGCGAUACCCAACCGCGACCUACCAUCGCCGACUUGGAGGGCGAGAGCGAGUUUGCUCAGCUUGCAAGAAAGCAUUGGCUAAAGACCACCCGGCGAGCUACAAAGGUCAAGGUUAAGAAUGAUGUACUAAAGCGAGACAUUUGGGAUGUGCUCGAGAAAGAUGGUUUCCCUUACAAGCUAUUGCUUGUUCUCGAAGGACUUCAAACCGUCGAGAGCUACCUCUGGCCUGGCUAUUCCGAAGACUCAUCGAAUUUCCAUGUCCUUCUCAUAGCCUUAAUCACCACCGUCAAAGCGAGGGAACGGCUUGAGACUUGGAGCAUUUUCGAAAACCGGCCCGCCGAAUUCUCGAGCUUGUUCACCCGCAUAUUGUCCAUGAGCCUUGACCAGACGCUAUCUCUUACGAUUCGAACCCACCUUCUUUGCUUUAUUAUUUACGCAUUCCAAAGUCUCGAUUGGGCCAGCGUGAGGAAAGAAUGCGCUCCGUUGGUUUCUAUAGGCAUUUGGCACAAUCUCUCGACCGACGCGAAGCGAGAAAGUAAGCUAGGACAAACUCCACAGCUCAAGAAAUCUUGGAAAGCGGCGGCAAAAAGAUACGAUUCGGCAGACGAUGCAACAAAGGCUCGAUUGCGUUUUGAAAGAGCUUGGCUUUACACUUUGACCUUGGACUUUAUACACCUACUCUACGACGAGAAUAGGAAAGACGAGCACGUCAUCUACUGCGAACGAUUUGUCGAAUUUAUUUCCGAUUUAUUGAGCCAGCUCCCAACUAGGCGAUAUGUCAAUACCUUGCUGCGGGACCUACAUAUAUUGCCUGCUCUACGGCUUUCCCCUAUGUUUAAUGAUGAGGAUAAUGGUCUGCUUCGGGACCAAUGUUCGUUGUUAAGUCACUACGUUCACUUCACCAUCGACGACCAGACAGGGGCCCAGCAAAGCCGCACAGAAGCAUACGAUCAUCAUUGUACUGAGUUGGCAAAGCUCCAAAGGGUUGCCUUGCGGUAUUUCAAGGACAAGCUGACAGUGCUAGCCUUGUCCAACUAUGGAUCCAUAGAUAAAAGGGGCGAGCUAGAAAACCUUCUCGAAGCCCUUACUGACGAGGAGCUUAAGAGGCUUGCAAAUUUUCUUGAACUUAGGACAGAAUACCCAGAAACGGUGGCGGUACCUAUUGAUCGAGCAUUCUUAAUGGAGGUCCUUCUGUCUAACUAUGAGAAACGGAAGACGUUCCAAGAGGUUGCUCAAGGUAUGAGUAUUCUUCCAACCGAGGAUAGCCUUUUUGAUCAAGGUCUACUGAGAACCGACAACUAUGAUGGGUCAAGACCACUUGCACUCCCUAAGUUGAGAUUGCAAUACUUGUCAGUGGGUGACUUUCUUUGGAGGGCCCUAGCCCUCUACCGGUGCGAAUCCUUCUAUGGUAUCAGAAAGGAUAUUAGUGAUGCGUUGAGACGGUUACGUCCAGAGUCGAAACGUCCGGGAGAGACCACUUUCGCUGGGUUCUCUCGAAUGGCGCUACCUAUAACUCGGCCAUCAAUAUUAGAGGUCGUACCAGCGCUUGUUGGCGAUGACAAGCCAUCUGUGGUUAAUGCUGAGAUAUCGCUCGAUGUACGCCGCCUGGCGGACAAUAUUAGAAGAGAAUGGGAUUCACUCCGUCCAGAUGACGUGGUGUUCCUUGUCGCAGUGGAUGCUUCCAUAUCCAAGGCUAUCUCUAAUGGCAGCACACAAACGAUAUCCGAGGCACAGAAGAUAGGACUAAUAUCCGUUCGGACUGCAGAAAUUGCCCAAGUCAUGGAUGACAAGGGAAAAUCUAUCAGAGACCCUGCCACUUAUUUCAACGGGCAUAACCGAUCUCCAACGAGAAAGAUACAACUCAGACUGGACCCAGCGAGCUACAAGGAAGACACGGAACGAGUUUCCAGAGGCAAGCCAGAUAUAUACGAACGGAUCAAUCUAAUUGUGCGACGCAGUGGCCGAGAAAACAACUUCAAGCCGGUUCUAGAGUCCAUUCGUAGCCUAUGUCUUUCGGAAGUGCCCCUAGCAUCGUGGCUCCAUGAGAACUUCCUCGGUUACGGAGAUCCUGCUGGUGCUACAUAUAAACACCUUCCCAAUCGCAUCGGAAAACUCGACUUCAGGGAUACCUUCUUAGAUUGGCAACAUCUUGUUGCGAGUUUGCCUGGAAAAACCAUCGAGCCAGGCUUUGAUGUCACGGCAAGCUUCGGCCCCCCUUAUGUGUUAGAGUCAGUGGAUAAGCCUCCUGUGAAGACGGUUAAAAUUUCUAAGAAGCGAAGAAGAGACACCGAACCCUCCCUUAUUGCCGAGAUUGAGACAUAUAACGUAUCUACCUACAAGCCACCUAAUACUGGACCAUAUCCUGUUGAUGCUCCGAAGCUCAAUUCUGUUCGUUUCACGCCCGCUCAAAUCGAUGCUAUAAUAUCGGGCACCCAACCUGGACUUACAGUGAUCGUGGGCCCACCUGGUACUGGCAAGACAGACGUUGCGACGCAAAUUAUCAACAAUAUAUAUCACAACUUUCCGGAGCAGCGCACGCUACUCAUUGCUCAUUCUAACCAGGCACUGAAUCAGCUCUUCGCGAAAAUAGUAGCUUUGGACAUUGAUGAACGGCACCUUCUUCGUCUUGGCCACGGAGAAGAAGAUCUCGAUACUGAUGGAGAUUUCAGCAAGUAUGGGCGAGUGGAAUCGAUCCUCGCGAUCAGACAACUCUACUUAACUGAAGUAAACAAGUUGGCAGCUAGUAUAGGUGCCCCUGGGGAGCAUGGGAACUCAGCUGAGACUGCAGGAUAUUUCAAUCUCGUCUAUAUCCAGCCGGCAUGGACCAAGUUUACUGAGGUGGCCAAAGUAGACGGUUCAUCGGCAGCUGAUAUCAUUGAAGCCUUCCCGUUCCAUGCCUAUUUCUCUGAUGCGCCCCAACCUUUAUUUCCACCAGGGAGUGAUCGAGACGCUGUUUUGGAUAUAGCCAACGGUUGUUACCAUCAUAUUUCAAAGAUCUUCUCUGAGUUGGAAGGUGUCCUGCCAUUUGAGAUUCUACGACGAGAUCGAGACAAGGCCAACUACCUCCUUACUAGCGAAGCUCGCAUAAUUGCCAUGACGUCGACGCACGCCGCAAUGCGUCGCACUGAGAUCGCAUCUCUUGGUUUCCACUACGACAAUGUGGUCAUGGAAGAGGCAGCGCAAAUAACUGAAGUUGAAAGUUUUAUUCCUCUAGCUAUGCAGAAGCCCAAGGACGGGCAGAUGGCGCUUCAACGAGUUGUCCUCUGUGGUGAUCACUACCAGAACUCUCCGGUCAUACAAAGCCUUGCCUUUAGGCAUUAUGCCAACCUUGAGCAAUCGCUUUUCUCCCGCUUCGUUCGUCUAGGGAUACCCGUAAUUACACUCGACCAGCAAGGCCGAGCUCGUCCGUCCAUCGCUACCUUGUACCAGUGGAGAUACCCCAACCUUGGAAACUUGCCGCAUGUCGAGAGCCUUGAGGAAUUUCAAACUGCCAAUGCUGGCUUCAAAUAUGACUACCAGUUUAUCAAUGUACCCGACUACAAGGACAAAGGAGAAAUCGAGCCAACGCCUCACUUCAUCCAGAACUUGGGCGAAGCGGAAUACGCUGUUGCUAUAUACCAAUACAUGCGACUUCUUGGAUACCCAUCCUCGAAGAUCAGCAUCCUUGCCACCUACGCUGGCCAAAGAGCCCUCAUCAAGGAUAUCUUGAGCCAUCGAUGCACAAAAAAUGAUAUAUUCGGGUUGCCCAAGAUAGUAACUACCGUUGACAAGUAUCAAGGCGAACAAAACGAUUAUAUUAUCCUCUCCCUAACACGCACAUCACGAGUUGGCUAUCUCCGAGAUAUUCGCCGUCUUACCGUUGCUCUAUCACGUGCUCGGCUUGGCUUGUACAUCCUAGGUCGGAGAGAGAUUUUUGAAGCAUGCUACGAACUUCGUCCGGCUUUCGAGUUGCUGCUGCAGCGGCCAGACAAGCUUACCCUUGCCACCGGUGAGAUGUGGCCUUCCAAGCGCAUUCAGGCAGAGGAAGAUGGGGCCGCGAUACCUGGCGAGGCAGUAAUGGAGAACGUUGAGCAUAUAGGACAGUUCGUCUACGAAAUGGCGGCGACGAAGAUUAGGCAGUUACGUGCGGAGCGCGGGUUACCAGAUACGGAUCAGUUACCGUCUAUCGACGAAGGAGGUGUUGAGUAUGUUGCGGCGAGCGACGACGAGGCCGACGUAGGGGCGGCGGCGGGGGAAGGGCCUAGUGCUGGAGAGGCGUAGUCCAUAGGAAGAGAACAGCUGGAAGAAAACAGCUGAAAGGGAAAUAGUAUAUCCUUAUAUUCUAAAUUUGAGCAUUUAUAAACUAGGUGCUAUGGGAAACUCUGAGGUAGAGUAUGACUCUGGAGUAUGAGGUAUGGAGACCAUUAUGCAAGGACUAGAAGGACUCGAAAGAAAAGAAAAAUAAACUACCCGUGGACUGCAUAUACACAGAACAUAAUGACAGAUUUUAACGGCUUGAAUAGUAGUCUUAUCUACAUCUGGGUAUUUACACUUCGUGCUAUACAUGUUGAGAGCAAAAUCAAAGUGUCUAAAGUAG